AUGAAUUCUACGAAACCAACGAAGAGAUAUACGGAAGCCGAAACGAGCAAUAGCGCCAAUACAAAAAUGAGCAGCAUUAAAUCAAACAAGAACGGCGGACUGGGCGAUGAAACGCCAUCAUCAUUAGCAUCUCAGCUCUCAUUUUAUUCCUACAAGUAUCCUCCAGAGCUUGAUUCUGCAGUGGUGGUACAGGUAGAACGUGUCGACGACGCCGGGCUUUUUGGGGUCCUCACUGAUUGGGGCGGGGCAAAUCACUGCACCGCCUACCUUCCCAUCGGUUCAAUCGGCAAAGAAAAGGGUCGAGGCGAACGAAAGGCCCAACAACACUUUUUGACGAAGGCACGGCGUAGUCUGAAGCACCGAGGGCAUGGGAGCGGCAUGCCAUUUGUUGCUUUCGUGCAAUCGAUCGACCACGCGAGUCGAAGCGGAGUCGCAGAUGGGAGCGCAUUUGAUAUAGAUCAAGAGCUCUAUCACGUUACGGUGACUCGCCGUGGUGUCACAGACGAGAUCGAAAAGGCCACGUUGGAUCUUUCGAGAGAUGUCCAGCAAUGCGGUCUGCAUUUGGUGGAUAAGGCUGCUGCCCUGGCAAAAGUUUCCAGACGUUGGGCACGGCAAGUCACCAUGCAUGCUGCGUAUGAGCGCGCGAACGCUUCAGCCGCGGAGGGAGAUGAAGAAGACGAAGAAGAAGCACAUCCGGAGAAGGCUCCCGUUGUUUUCCUCGUCGAUACGAUCGGUUCACUGGCUGCGGACGUCUCCGUACAGACGGUCGUUGAUCUUUUGGGUAGUUCUGACACCAAUGAGGAGAGGAUUGAGCUUUUCGCGUCCCGUCUUUUGUCUCUCUGUCGGAACGAAAAGCAGCGCCGGUCGCAACCAGUGUCCAUUUCCGUGACAGCUUACAUUGGGGGCCCGACGGUUUUGCUUCAGAGGGAAGGCGGCUUGACUCCAGGUUCAUUCGACACGAGUCAUCUGAUGUCAUCGUUCCAGUCUGAUUGCGGGCCGCCCCCGCCUGACGGCUGUGAUCCCGUUUCUGUUCGAGCUCGCGGCAACGGAAAGUACACAUUGUCUACCAAUGCCCCGCCUGAGUGUGAGACCACGGCUAAGGAAUACCUCAGCUCCUUUGCGGCUCAUCUCCAAGCAGAAUGGCUCAAGUCGGCUCAAUCUCCUGAUGCUUCAGAGUCAGCCCAAGAGACCCAGCCAACCCAACGAAAAGCUUCAGUCAAGACAGCCCCCUCUGCUCCCACGCUGUCAAUGCAGCCAUCUCUGAAUAUUGGCGUGAUUGGUGAUGUGGCCAACGGCAAGUCCACUUUGGUCAAGGCUAUCUCGGGCAAGCGCACCCAAGCACACAGCAGUGAGCAACAGAAGCAUGGUAUCACGAUUCGUCUUGGGUUUGCAAACGCUGCCGUGCUCCAGUGCCAAAAUGAGACUGGUGCUUGUGGCGCCUAUUCCUUCCUGCCCGAAUCUGAGGACUCUGGCGAUGCGUCUCGGCUGCCAGUGUGUGAGAAAUGUGGUCAUUUCACGAAGGUGGUCGCUCGAUUUUCAUUGAUUGACUGCCCCGGCCAUGCGGAGCUAAUGGCGACUAUGUUGGCAGGGGCCAGUGCGUUUGAUGCUGUCAUCUUGGCAGCGGCCGCAAACGUUCCUUGUCCCACCCCUCAGGCUAGGCAGCACUUGGAAGCCAUCAAACUCUCGGGAGCCAUGGACGGAAAUAAAGGCCAAGAAAUACCGUCGAUUGCCAUUGCCCAGACCAAGGCAGAACUCUUGGCUGACGAGAAGAAGAAUGCUGUUAGCAGGCUUUCCCCAGAAGAGCGACUGGAACUCCACGCGCAGCAAGGACGCGACAACCUCGUGGGCACGGCGGCACGAAAUGCUCCCAUCUUCCCUGUUUGUGCCCCCGCGGGGUUGGGUCUGGAGGCGAUUGCCGAAUGGAUUGCGCAUAUCCCAUCACCGAAAGCGCCCAACAAUGAAGAAGGGGCAGUUUCACCUCAUUUGAAUGUUCUUCGCUCGUUCGAUAUCAACCCCGCAAACACUUUGGCUGGAGAAGCCAAGGGCGGGGUUCUUGGCGGAACCAUAUUGGGCGGUGGUCAUUCUAUUUCCAUUGAUGACAUCCUCGAAGUUCGCCCUGGGCCUUGUCUGAACAGCAGAAACGGCAAAGGAGGCAAUAAGGUCCCUGCAGCAUCCUCGAAAUGUAAGAAGACAGCUGGGAGUACCAAGAAAAAGCCCGUCGCCAGUUCCGGUCCCAGUGACCCUUUUCAGGUCCAGCCGCUCCACUUUCGUUGCACUUCGCUCAUGACAGGAAAGAGCCCACUAUCGAUUGCGGGCAGUGGUGGUCUGAUCGCGGUUGGGACAAGUCUAGACCCUGCGGUCUGUGCUGACAAUAAAAUGGUGGGUGCUGUGGUCGGUCCUCCUGGGACUUUACCUCCUGUUUGGGGCCCUUCCCUCUACUGCGGUCAGUUCGAGUUUGUGGCAUUGGUCCCAGACUUUGGUCACAAGAACGACAACACGGUCAAGCCUUCCGAUUUGCUUGUCAAGAGUGCCCCCGUGCGUUGCCACAUUGGCUCGUCCUCUAUCAAUGGGCACGUGGCGCGAAUUUCCAAGAGCCAUAGGAAGCUGGAGCUUUGCUUGGAUGGUCCUGUCUGUGCGGCGAAAGGAGCCAAUGUGGCCAUUGAAGCCAAAGGCAACAAUGGGUUCGUCUUGGUCGCCCAUGCUAAGCUGUUUGGUGGGGAUCUGGUUCUCGAAGGAGAGGAAUUGGAAGACAAGAAAGCGCUGGCUGACCCCGACUGUGGAGAGCAGGAUGAGAAGUUGCCCGACGUGCACCUGCUCGUUGACAGCGACAAAGAGCACCGAACGCGAUUCCUUGACGAAUUGCAGAAUCGCAACGAAGAGGCCGUCGUUGCCGGUGGGGCUUCACGUGUUUCUGUUCCUCUGCCCGAUAUUGCCCGUGAUGGUGGAGCACACGUUUUGCUCUCGAACUUUGGAUUGAUGGCCCACGCCUUGCGACGAGAUCCGAAUCAUUUGAUGGGCUACCUGCAAAAGGAAGGUGGGCUGUCUUGUGUCUUGGCAGGAGAGAGGUCUUCUCCAGCAACCACGGCCCUUCGUGUUCGGUGGAGGGGAGGGCGGAACUUUGCAGAACGGUUCACUUCUAUCAUGCGUAAAUACAUCAAAGCCUAUGUGACCUGUCAGGAGUGUCGUUCCGCUGUCACCGAACUGAACGCGUCGAAGAACGAGAUACUCUGCCGCCGUUGCAAUGCGCGACGCUUUGUUGCCAAACUAUGA